AUGAUAGACGACGAUGAAUUGAAGAGGCCAUUAUUAAACCCUUUGAACGACGAAAACUCUCUGCUAGAACCGUUUGUCAGUAACUAUCAGAGCCUAAAUGAUGUCCAAUCUCACUUUUCAUUUGAUAAGGAUGAUCUUCAAGAUAUACCCAUAACUGUGCAAGAAACAUUGCAAUUGGCGGAUCGCACUCUAGAAUCGGAGUUAGAAGUAGAUCCAAAGGUUUCAUGUAUUACCUUCCGAUAUAUCGUAUUGAGCAUACUAUUUAUUGUACCUGGUGCUAUUAUUGAUACAGUGAAUUCAUACAGAACAACAUCGGCAGAUUUUAGUAUUUUGUUGGUACAGUUGUUAUCAAAUGAGCUUGGAAAAUUAAUGGCUAAAACUCUUCCCAACAGGAGAGUCAAUCUAAGAUGGUUUUCUUUCAGCCUCAACCCAGGACCGUGGUCCACCAGGGAGGCUGUCCUGGUGACUAUAACAGCAGCUUCAGGAGCAACCGGAAACCAAGGCACAGAAUGUAUCUCAUUGGCAAAAAUUUUCUACGAUGAGGAUACUUCUCCAAUAAUAGCGAUACUGUUCAUGUAUUGUAUUGUUUGGGUUGGGUAUUCAUAUGCUGCAAUUGCGAAGUCUUUUGUUCUAUACAAUCCCAAAUUUAUAUGGCCCAAAGCUCUGAUGCAAACAGCUUUGUUCAAAAGUCAGAGCAAGACUGGAAACACAGGUGUGAUGAGGGUCUUUGUCAUCGCAUUGUCUGCUAUGACUCUAUGGCAAUUUUUGCCUGAGUAUCUGUUCCCCAUGACAUCCUCUCUGGCUGUCUUAUGUUGGAUAGCACCGUACAAUGAGACGGCAAACUUCAUUGGAAGCGGAUUGGGUGGAAUGGGAGUUUUAAAUUUUUCUUUGGAUUGGAGUAAUAUAACAUCGACCGUAAUGUUGAGUCCCUAUUGGACAAUAGUGAUUCAAUUCUUAGGGUUUGCUGCUUCCUGUUGGGUUCUGGUCCCCUUCUUCAAGUGGUAUAAAGGUGGGAUAUGGUCUCUAGGUAUCAUGUCUAAUCACCUACUUACUUCCACUGGAGAGGUCUAUCCAACUGAUAAACUAAUCUCUAAGAACUUGACUCUUAACGAAACUGCUUUUAACUUGUACGGCCCCGUUUAUAUGGGAGCUCAAAGAGUUUGGGGCAUAUUUUUUGAUUACGCAGCAUAUUCUAGUGCAAUUGCGUGGAUAGCCAUUUUUGCAUAUAAAGAUGUCAAAUAUCUUCUAAUUCGCUUGAAGGAAAAGCUGACGCAACAAGAAAAGUCAGCAUCAGCAGAUGAUGAACCGUUGUACCAUGCAGGGUUUCCACGUAUUCAUAAAUCUUCAUCUAAAUUUCAUGAUAUCAUCAAUAAGAGAUAUUCUGUUUAUGAGGACAUUCCGAACUCGUGGUUCUUAGCUCUAUUUGGUUUGAGUUUUGUUAUUUUAUCUUCCAUUUUCCUUACCAACUCCUUUUAUUUGCCUUGGAUUCCAUUCAUAAUAGCACUAUUUUUGGGCAGCAUAAUUAUUACUCCAUUGGCCUACCUCUACGCUUUGUCCAACUUUCAACUACCAAUAGGCACAGUGAAUGCACUGUUAUAUGGAUCGAUGGUUCAUGUUUCCAAUGCCCAAGUACACCCAAUCAGCGGAUCAGUAUAUACUGCAAUCGCAGGCAACGCAUGGUACCGAGCUCAGUUUAUGCUACUUGACUGGAAAUUGGGAAUGUACAAUAAUAUUCCUCCCAAAUGUGUAUUUUUCUCUCAGUUGUUUGGCAACUUGAUGGGCGUUCCUUUUAAUUAUCUAGCUUUGAGAUGGGUCGUAGACACAAAGCUUGAUUAUCUUAGGGGCACUAUCAAGGACCCUUUAAACCAAUGGACAGGUCAAGAGCUGGUGAAUUUGAAUACCAAUGUUAUACAGUACGUUCUUCUGGGGCCCCAACGCUUGUUUCAGAACUACAAAAUUCUUCCCUUCGGGUUUUUGUUGGGUCUAUUAGCUCCCCUGGCAAUUUACAAACUUUACAUUUGGGAUACCAAACGUCGGCUUAAAUUUGAUUUAUGGAAUAGCACCAUUUUGUUUUCUACGAUGUCACAUUUUUACGGCAAUAUAAGUACUGGUUACUUGAGCAAGUUUUUACUAGGAACCUUUUCCAUGUUUUACCUCUUCAGAUUCAAACAUCGAUUAUUUUCCAAGUUCAACUACAUUUUAGCCGCAGCAUUUGAUACCGGAUACAACAUCAACGUCAUAAUACUACUUAUCUUAUCUACUGUGACUGCGAAGUUGAUGAAUGAUGAGGGUCAUUUUGUUCAUUGGUGGGGAAACAACAGUCAGAGUGUAGAGAGGUGUUUUGCGUUGUAG